AUGUUCUCCUAUGGCAACAACCUCUACGACGCUCAGACGCAGCGGCUUUUUACGAGCAUUGACACACAGUUGGAGAGGUGGAGUAAAAAGUACGGGCCUAGGCCGCAGUCCGAGACGUCACAGGCACCGCCACACGUGGAGGCGAACGCGACUGUGAGUGCUACAGGAACAGCAGCAUCUGUCCAUAGCAAAAUGAACGCCGAAGAUGUUGGACAGAGAAAGGAUAUAAUGGUGCCUGGCACCACCGACAGCGGAAGCAGCAGUUCUAGCUCCACUUCUGGUUCGGGCGGAGAGGAUGAGCUGGCAUCCUCCGCGUUACUUUCGCGCAUUGUCUUUCUAGAGAAACAGCUACUUGUUGUUGACGAAGACCGUAUGGAGUUGCGGGAGCGCCUCAAAAGUACGGAGCGCCAACUUUCAGAUCUUCUUUUUUCUUACGAUACACUACAAAGCCAGUUUGCUGCGUUUCGCGAGCAGAUAUUGCCCUCAUCUCAGGGUGCGAAUGAGGACGAAGAAGCAAUAGGAGCAGCUGUGGUUGGGGAAAACAGUAAUUUUACCACCCGCAGCCUCGCGAGUCGACGCAGUAGUAGUGCUAAUUUUUCGGGGCCCCCAACAGUAACCUCGACGGAGGCGUCGGCGUCGUCGCGUAUCGCUUCAGGGGUGCGCGGCGCCUUUUUAGGCGGGGAAUCGCCCAACACUUUUCAAGCUGCGCAGAUACCAGUGGAGGUGACAUCUGCUCAGAGGCGCAAAAUGGUGUUGGAGCACCUCGCAAAGCGUUUGGUUUUUCCCCCGGAAUCUUGA